GUCCUAGGUGUCCCUGCCACCCCCGCAGCUGGGCUAAAAGUUUUCUUCUUAUCAGGAGUUCAGGACUCCGAUGUGCCUGCCCAGGAGGCGAGUUGCCGGAUGACUGUGGGCAGAGGCUGGCGCCCCACCCCUAUCCUGGGCCAGGGUCACCCAAGGCCCCACCUGCUCAUUUCCUCUGGUGGCGCCGCUGCCGCUGCCCUGGGCUCCCGGUGGGACUCAGCUUCCCUGUCUGUGAAGUGGGUGAAGGGAACCGAGGACGGGCGCCAGGGCUUCCCCAGGUUCAGGGGCUGCGGGAUGUUCCUCGUGGGGGUCCCAGGCCUGACCACAGCCCCAUCAUCUUAUCCUGGGCAGCUCCCUGUGCCUGAGAGCCCAGGGGAGGAGCCGGUGAGGGAAAUCCUGGGCCACUGCACCUGCCCAGACCAGUUCCCCAUGAUCAAGGUCUCCGAGGGGAAGUACCGCGUGGGAGACUCCAGCCUGCUCAUCUUUGUGCGGGUGUUGAGGAGCCAUGUGAUGGUGCGUGUGGGUGGAGGCUGGGACACGCUGGAGCACUACCUGGACAAGCAUGACCCCUGCCGCUGCUCCGCUGCCGCCCACCGCCCGCCCCAGCCCAGGGCCCGCACCUUCUCCCCCCAGAGAGUGUCUCCCACGCCCAGCCCCCGCCCUGGCAGCCCAGUCCCUGGGAGUGAACGCUGGAGCUCCCGGCCUGAGGUGACUCCCAUUAGCUUCCGAAGCACAAAGGAGGGGUCCGAGACCCCGCCCAGCCCCAGUCCGGAGUUGGGCGCCACGCCGGCCAGCGUCUUCCGCACACCCCUACAGCUGGACCCGCAGCAGGAGCAGCAGCUGUUCCGGCGCCUGGAAGAGGAGUUCCUGGCCAAUGCGCGUGCCCUUGAGGCUGUUGCUAGCGGGACCCCCACUGGACCGGCCCCUGACCCGGCCCGGGCCCCAGACCCUCCAGCUCCUGACUCAGCCUACUGCUCCUCCAGUUCCUCCUCGUCGUCCCUCAGCAUCCUAGGUGGCAAGUGUGGCCAUCCUGGGGACUCUGGCCGGACGGCCAAUGGGCUGCCGGGGCCCCGCAGCCAAGCCCUGUCCAGCUCCUCUGAUGAAGGCAGCCCCUGCCCUGGAAUGGGGGGGCCGCUAGAUGCACCUGGGAGCCCCUUGGCUGGCCCAGAACCCUCGAGGACCUGGGCACGGGGUCGGGUGGACACACAGCCUGACCGUAAGCCUUCCCGCAUUCCCACGCCUCGGGGUCCCCGCCGCCCAUCUGGACCCAUGGAGCUCGGAGCCUGGCACGCCCUGCACUCCGUCGCCCCAAGGGCCGAGCCAGAUUCCUGGAUGUGAUGGACCGGCCAAGCUGCCCCCAGACCCCAUUCCUCCUCCUUUUCCUUUGUGGCCUUAACCCCGUCUGCAUCAGGGAGCCCCCUCCGCCUCUUGAGUACCAGACCUCACGGGACCAGACCCCUUGGGACCACAUGGCACAGUGGGACCACUGUUGAACAUUCCGGUUGGGGGAUGAGUGUUGCUAUUUAAUUACUAAUAUUAUUGAAUGCCUUAGAGGAGGCCGAGCCAGCUCGGUGUCCUGCGAACCUGUGGCCCAGCAGAGCCUCUGACAGUAAAAGUUUGCUCCAGC